GGGGCUGCGGGUUAGGUUGCGCCGCCCAUGCUCAGCUGCCUUGUUCUCUCUCCCGGGGAGGGGGCAGCGCCGCGAAGGGUGAGGCCGAGGCAGCCGCAGGGGAGACCCCAGCCGGACCUGGACUCCUGCUCUCUCUUCUCCAUGAGGCCUGGUGCUGACUGACGUGACCGCGGAGGCCCGGAUCGUGACGCUCAUUGGGGAGGGGAGCCCCAAACCCCUCCCCACUGUGACAGCCCCCUCUUUGUCCACCCCCCGCCAUGGCUGACCCCAUCAUGGACCUGUUCGAUGACCCCAACCUUUUCGGCUUGGACUCCCUGACGGACGAAGGCUUUGCCCAGGCACCACCCGACCCCAUCGAAGAGGCGCUGGGACUGCCAGGGGCACUGGACCCCUCCCAGCCAACGCCGCCCCCUGCCGCAGAGCCUGUCCAGCAAGAGUCGCUACCAGGGCAACUGAACCCCACGCCCGGCCCCACCCAGCCAGACCCUCCACAGCCAGAGCUUCCCCAGGGGCAGGAGGUGCUGAGCCAGGGGAACCCCUUUAUGGGCGUGUCCAGUGCCAGCACUGCCGUGAUGUCGUCCUCCUCUGUUGGGGGGCCACAGCUGCCGCAUGCUGCGGCCCCCCUGUCAGCCCCCAAGAUUGUCAUCCUGAAGGCCCCGGCAGGCGGCUCGGUGGCGGGGGCCCAUGUAGCUCAGAUCCAGGCCCAGCCCCAGUCGCUGGGGGCGGCGAAUGGGGGCAAGGUGACCUUUGCCAAGGUUCUGACAGGCACCCCGCUACGUCCUGGUGUCUCCAUUGUCUCCAGCAAUGCCGUGCUGGCCACCAAGGUGUCCCCCUCGGGCGGCCCCACCACUGUGCACCGGCUGGUCCAGCCCAGUCGGCCGGUCAAGCAGCUGGUGUUGCAGCCCAUGAAAAGCCCCGCAGGGGGCACGGGGGCUGCAGGCGGAACACCCCUGAAGCCUGCUGUGACACUGACAUCGGCCCCUGCUCAGGGCGAGUCAAAGCGCAUCACCCUGGUACUCCAGCAGCCGCAGGGUGGGAGUGGCGCCCCUGGGCAGCGCCACGUGGUGCUGGGCAACCUGCCAGGGAAGAUUGUGCUGCAGGGCAACCAGCUGGCGGCCCUAAGCCAGGCCAAGGCAGCGCCGGGCCAGCCCGCCAAGGUGGUGACCAUCCAGCUGCAAGUGCAGCAGCCUACCGGGGGUCAGCCUGGGGGGCCUCAGAAGAUCCAGCUGCUGCAGCAGCCCGCGGCAGCGGGUGCCUCAGGGCAGCAGCCUCCCCUGGCGGUCUCGUCCGUUCAGCAGGCCCAGGUGGUGGGCAGCCCGGGACAGAGGCUGACGGUGCCACUCAAGGUUGUGCUGCAGCCGCAGGGUGGCUCAUCCCAGGGCGGCUCACCUGGGCUCUCCGUGGUGAAGGUACUGAGCAGCAGCGAGGUGGCGGCACUGUCCAGCCAUGGCACACGCGGUGGCUCGGAGGAGACCCGCAAGCUGGAGCACCAGAAGAAGCAGGAGAAGGCAAACCGCAUCGUGGCCGAAGCCAUCGCCCGGGCACGGGCACGGGGUGAGCAGAACAUCCCCCGGGUGCUGAAUGAGGACGAGCUGCCCAGUGUGCGGCCCGAGGAGGAGGGCGAACGCAAGCGGCGCCGCAAGGGCGAGCGUGGGGGGCCCAAGGAGGAGAGGCCUCGCAAGGGCCGGGGCCAGAGCAGUUCUGGAAAAAGCAAGGGGCGCAGCAAGCCCAGCACCAUCACCCCCGUGGUGGGGAAGAAACGAAAGCGGAACGCCUCCUCUGAUAACUCUGACACUGAGGCCAUGCCAGCUCCAUCCCCCCGCGAGGAGGAGGAGAGCAGCGUCCAGAAGCGUCGCUCGAACCGGCAAGUGAAGCGGAAGAAAUACACCGAGGAUCUGGACAUCAAGAUCACUGAUGAUGAAGAGGAUGAGGAGCUGGACGUGACGGGGCCAGUGCGGCUCGAGCAGCCUCCCGUGCCACAGCUCCCUGCCCCUGAGCCGGAGGGAGAGACCCUGCCCUCCAUGCAGUUCUUUGUGGAGAACCCCAGUGAGGAGGAUGCUGCCAUUGUGGACAAGGUGCUGUCCAUGCGGGUGGUGAAGAAGGAGCUCCCCUCAGGGCAGUUCACGGAAGCAGAGGAAUUCUUCGUCAAAUACAAGAACUACUCGUAUUUGCACUGUGAAUGGGCCACCAUUUCCCAGCUGGAGAAGGACAAGCGAAUCCACCAGAAACUCAAACGCUUCAAGACCAAGAUGACCCAGAUGAGGCACUUCUUCCACGAGGAUGAGGAGCCUUUUAACCCUGACUAUGUGGAGGUCGACCGGAUCCUGGAUGAGUCUCACAGUGUCGAUAAGGACAACGGAGAGCCGGUGAUCUAUUACCUAGUGAAGUGGUGCUCCCUGCCUUAUGAGGACAGCACCUGGGAGCUCAAGGAGGAUGUGGACGAGGGGAAGGUCCGUGAGUUCAAACGCAUCCAGGCUCGGCACCCUGAGCUCAAACGCGUGGCGCCCCCAAGGCCAUUCCUGGAAGAGACUGGGUAGCUCUCCACGAUAACAAGAACCAAACCAGCUGGCGGGAGUAUCAGCUGGAGGGGGUCAAUCGGCUGCUUUUCCAACUGGUA